AUGGAGAAGCCACCCCCUCUACCGCUGCGUGGCGUGCGGAGUUGGGUCUCGCAGCCGGUUAUCGCGUCGUUCAUGGCAGGCGGUGUGGCAGGGGCAGUGUCGCGGACGGUGGUGAGCCCGCUGGAGAGAUUGAAGAUUCUGCUGCAGGUGCAGACGGUGGGGAGGACGGAGUAUAAGAUGAGUAUAUGGAAGGCGUUGCAGAAGAUGUGGCGGGAGGAAGGGAUGAAGGGCAUGAUGGCAGGCAACGGCACAAACUGCAUAAGAAUAGUGCCGUAUUCUGCGGUGCAGUUUGGGAGUUAUAACAUUUACAAGCCAUUGAUGUUCGAGAAGACUCCUGGCGCCUCCCUCUCACCGGGCCGCCGCCUUUGCUGCGGCGCGCUCGCCGGCAUAACCUCCGUCACGGUCACCUACCCUCUCGACAUCGUCCGCACGCGCCUAUCUAUCCAAUCCGCCUCCUUCGAGCGUCUCGGCGUCAAGAACGUCCAAGAAAAGCUUCCCGGCAUGUGGCAGACCAUGAAAACAAUGUACAAGACCGAAGGUGGCUUCUUCGCCCUCUACCGCGGCAUCAUUCCCACAGUCGCCGGCGUCGCGCCUUACGUGGGUCUGAACUUCAUGAUCUACGAGAGCGUACGAACAUACUUCACACCCGAUGGCCAGGCAAACCCGAGCUCGAUAGGCAAACUGUGUGCCGGCGCGAUAUCAGGAGGCGUGGCACAAACGUGCACAUACCCGCUGGACGUGCUCAGGAGACGAUUCCAGAUCAACACGAUGAGUGGGAUGGGGUAUCAGUAUAAGAGCAUUGCAGAUGCGCUGACGACGAUCUUCGCGCAAGAAGGAGUUCGAGGGCUGUACAAGGGCAUCGCACCGAAUCUGCUGAAGGUCGCACCAAGUAUGGCGAGUUCGUGGUUGAGUUUUGAGAUGACGAGGGACUUUCUGGUUGGACUUAAAGAGCCGGAAGAUGAGGAUGCAUGA